CCAUCGUCAAUCUCAUCCUCCUCGACGAAAGAAAGAGGAGCAGAAGCAGAUAAGAGAAGCGCCUGUCCUCCUCUCCGGCGAAGCCUCUGCCUCCUCUCCACUUCUUCUAGAACCUUCCGCGCUUCCGUGCUCCCCACCGCCACCUCGCCCGCUCGCUGUCCCCAGAUGGCCCCCUCCCUCCUCGCCGCCGCCGCCUCGCCCUUCCUCCUCCACGGCGCCGCCGCCGCCAGUGGCAGCCGCAGGCCGCUCGUCGCCGCCGCCGCCACCGGCCGCCGCGCCGCCUCCUCCCUCCGCGUCGCCGCCCUCAAGUACGACCCUUCCAAGGUGGCGCCGCAGUCCGACCGGGUGCUCGUCCGCCUCGAACAGAUUCCUGAGAAAUCUGUUGGAGGAGUCCUGCUGCCAAAAUCUGCUGUUAAGUUUGAGAGGUAUUUGAUGGGUGAGAUUUUGUCUGUUGGUGCUGAUGUUAAUGAAGUUGAAGCUGGAAAGAAGGUUCUCUUCUCUGACAUAAAUGCUUAUGAGGUGGACCUGGGUACCGAUGAGAAGCACUGCUUCUGCCGUGAGUCUGAUCUGUUAGCCGUUGUUGAAUGAGUUUUUACUCCAAAAUCGGAGUGUCCAAUUCCACAGGCUAGAACAAAUCCCAAAUUUAUUAUCUGCUAUGUGAUGGCGAUGAGUUGAACAAUUUGAUAUGUCAUUCUCUACAAAUGAAUUUUGGCUUCUAGGAGUAUAAAUUGGGACAGCAAAUAUCCUAUCAAUCAAUCUUAUUCACAGUUACACUAAUUUUCUUAAAUAUAUUGAUGUCCUGGAGAUAAACGAAACAUGAAUUAUGGCUAAAAAAAGGCCAGAGUCUA